AUGUCCACAAUGGAAGCCUCGUCACUGCCCUACCACGAGCCGUCAAUCGUGCAAGUGCUCAUUCUCUCGUCCUUCGGCCUCCUACUCAACAUAACAAACUGGGCGCUCGAGCGCUCCAUCUACUGCGGCCUCGUCGGGCAGAUCCUCAUCGGCGUCUUCUGGGGCACUCCACUCGGCGGAUGGCUAGACCCGAGCAUUGAAGCUGCCGUCGUGCAGUUGGGCUAUCUAGGACUAAUCCUUCUCGUCUACGAGGGCGGCCUCUCCACCUCCCUCACCCCGCUCCUCCACAACCUCCCGCUCUCCACCGCCGUCGCCGCAACCGGCAUCCUCCUCCCCAUCGCCCUCUCCUUCGCGCUCACGACCCUCGUCCCAGGCACCACCCCGCUCCAAUGCUUCGCCGCCGGCGCCGCCCUCUCCGCCACCAGCCUCGGCACCACCUUCUCGAUCCUGACCUCCUCCGGCCUCGCGCGCACCCGCCUCGGCACAGUCCUGACCAGCGCGGCAAUGAUGGAUGACGUCGUCGGCCUCAUCAUGAUCCAGGUCGUCGCCGCGCUCGGCACCAGCUCCGGAACCAGCUCCAUCAGCGGCGCCACCAUCGGCCGCCCCGUCGGCGCCUCUCUGGGCCUACUCCUCUUCGUCCUGCUCGCCUGCCGCUGGAUCGUCGCGCCCCUGCACCGGUCCCUACGCCCAGCACCCGCAGAAGCCUCCGCAGCGUCCCGCAUCCCGCUCAGCGCCGGUAACCGCGCCUUCAUCAUCCACACUGGCAUCCUCCUGUCACUCGUCACCACCGCUAGCUACGCCGGCACCUCCGUCCUCCUCGCAGCGUUCCUCGCCGGCGCGGCAAUAACAUGGUCCGACAACCUCUCCCCGACCACCACCACCACCACUGCCAGCGGGAACUGGACAGGCGCACGCGUAUACGAGCACUACUACGCCCCCACCACGACCCGCCUGCUGACACCGUUCUUCUUCGCGUCGAUCGGCUUCUCGAUCCCCAUCACUCAACUCUUCGCGGGCAGCACCGUCUGGCGAGGCAUCGUCUAUGCGGCGCUGAUGGCGCUGGGGAAGCUCCUUACCGGCGUGUGGCUCCUGCGCUUCCGCGUCCCGGGGGUUGGGGUUGCGGAGAGGAUUAGGGCGCUGAAGAAGCUUGGUCCUGCGGCGUGCACCAGCACCAGCGCUCCUCCCACCAACACCGGCACGCCUACCACCACAACCACCACGACGACCACCACUACCAACGACACCGCCGCCGCAGCACCCGCACAAAAGCCCAAAUCGCUGUACCCGCCCUCCAUCCUCGGGCUCGCCAUGAUCGCGCGCGGCGAGAUCGGCUUCCUGAUAGCGUCAGUCGCCGAAGCGCGCGGAAUCUUUAGUUCUGGGGGGACAGAAGGGGCCGGGGGCUCGGAACUGUAUCUGGUUGUGAUCUGGGCGACGGUGGUGUGUACGGUGCUGGGGCCGGUGUGUGUGGGGCUGCUGGUGCGGAGGGUUAAGGCGCUGGAGAGGGAGCGGGUGGUGAAGGGGGGGAGCGGGGGUGGGGGUGUGUUGGGGAGUUGGGGGGUGGAUGUGGAUGGGCUGGCGGAGGUGGUAGAGGUGGUGGUGCCGGCGGUGGUACCGGCGGUGGGGAGUAGUUAG